AUGACACGCACAGCGAAUAACAAGAACAGCAAAUACGCCCUAGGGCUGGUCGUUUCAGUCAGGAGGAGCAGCACCCGAGCCAGCGGGACAGAGACAACACCACAUGGCACUCUAUCAGACGUGACUCUAUUGAAGCCUUUGGCUGUAACGGAUAAGAUUGCAACAGAGGGAGCAGGAGAAUCGCUAGCAAGAAGGAGGCAGCUAGCGGGGUUUGAGACAUACGAUAUUCGGCGGGUGCGAGAAUGGGUGGUGGCACACAAUAGAAUCAGACACCUGCAUUCUCCUCUCCCCCCUUUCCUCUGGGACCCUGCUCUAGCCCGCUUUGCCCAAGCACACGCGGAUUCAGUAGGUGCCAACGCGCAAUGCCGCCCGGAAGCCAACGAGGCGGCGGGGGAGGCGGGUCUGGGGGAGGUGUAUCUGUGGGCCGCGGUGGAGAAGGGGGAGGCGUUAUUCACCGCUGCUGAGGCUGUUACCGCAUGGGCGGAGCAGGUGAGAAAGUGGGGGCAACUGAUAUAUGCGGGCGGGUCUGGGGGAGGUGUAUCUGUGGGCUGCGGUGGAGAAGGGGGAGGCGUUAUUCACUGCUGCAGAGGCGGUGCAAGCGUGGGCGGAGCAGCUGCAGAGGCGGUUGAAUCGUGGGCGGAGCAGGGCAAGCACUACAGCAGCAGCACAGGGGCGUGCGUGGAAGGGGAGGACUGUAGCGCAUUCAUCCAGCUCACAUGGAAAGACACGAGGAGAGUGGGGUGUGGCGAGGCGCUCUGUCCCUACAAGGCUAAUUUCACCGGCGUGGUUCAAUUCAUCGUAUGCAACUACUAUCCACCUGCUGCCCUUAUUCACCCUCGGCUGCUUCCAUCCCUGAACCCCAUCUCCUCGCCAGGCGCUCUGUCCCUACAAGGCCAAUUUCACCGGGCUGGUUCAAUUCAUCGUCUGCAGCUACUAUCCACCUGCUGCCCUUCUUUACCCGCUGCUAAUGCCAUCCCUUUUCCCAUCCCACGCCCAUCCCUCCCCUUCCCUUGCCAGGCUCUCUGUCCCUUCAAGACCAGUUUCACCGGGGUGGCUCAAUUCCUCGUCUGCAACUACUACCCACCUGCUCCUUAUUCACCCUCUGCGUCCAUCCCUCAACCCCAUCCCCUCACCAGGCGCUCUGUCCCUACAAGGCCAAUUUCACCGGGGUGGCUCAAUCCAUCGUCUGCAAUUACCACCCACCUGCUGCCUUCUUUACCCGCUGCUGAUGCCAUCCCCUUUCUGAUCCCGCACCCUGCGCUCUGUCCCUACAAGGCCAAUUUCACCGGGGUGGCUCAAUUCCUCGUCUGCAACUACUAUCCACCUGCUGCCCUUCUUUAG